GUAAAAACCCUCAUAGAGCAACUACGUUACCGUCGCACCCAAGGGCCUGGUUGCAGCUAGAGGUAUCUUGAUCUCAUCCCAAGCACCCACGACUUCUCCGGCUGCUCACAAGGACGCCUCCAUGCAUGGCCACAACCCGUACACUAAAACACCAAUCAGCUUGUAAACUGUAAAACACACCUCAAGACCACUUAGAUCUUACACGAAGCUGCAAGCGUUCACCGCUGACUCGUGCUUCUAUACUAGUGCGGGGAAGUGCAGAUCGUCAAGACAUUUCUCAAGAUUGCGCCAGCAAGGUUCCCACCACUCACAAACAUGGCGACACAGACACCUACCACAAAUGGCGAACAGAGUGCUGAAUACAAGGCGCUGUGGGCGAACAAAUACCGUGGAGCAACGGUAGAAGACCUCGACCCACCACCUGCUCUCUCCGUCAAGCCUACCGACCCUGUUUCUUGGGCGCUCAUGAGUGGUCUCGAGCGCGACUACACGCACCUGACCGUUGUUUCGCAAGAGAACCGCGCCUUGCUCGGCUACAUUAGCAUCCCACGCCUACAGGAUUUGCUCAAGGAGCGCAAAGUCAGCGAGAACGACCCGGUCGAGGCAGCGAUGCACAAGUUCCAGCGGCGUGGGAGGCGGUACAAGGUCAUUGACAUGGAGACGCCGCUCGAGGAGCUAGAGGAGUUCUUCAAGGGUGGAGUGGACGGAAGCGGGAAGCAGGAGUUCGCAGUUGUUACAGAUGCGAGCCGCAAGUUUGUUCUUGGUGUAGCGACGACAGACGACUUGGACAAGUUCCUCAAGACGAGAGCAUGAAGAAGGCAUGAAGAGGGAGGAGCCUGGAGGAAGUCAAGAACGAAUCUGCAUUGCUUGGCGUUUGCUUAGGAUACCACAUGGGAGGAGGUGUUAUGGAGAUGUCAAGGAGGGUUGAUUCAACAUUCUCUCCGCGGACUGGGCUGCCACAUGCACAUCGAGUGUCUGGCACCUGCAGCAAGGAGACAAGCAAUCUUGAAAGGACUUAGCGGUUCGUCUAUCGUAGAUCCUAGACGUCAAUCACAAUUAACUUGAGAUGAGGGCUUCAAAGUUGC